AUGCUGAGCACUAAUAGCGCUGACUUCGAGUUGACCAUUCGCCAGCAGCCCGAGCGGGCGCGCGUGGCCGGCGGGAAAGAGAAAGGACAGGCAGGGUUAACCUCGUGGACAGAGCGCAAGCCCGUCGAUCCCCCGCCCAUCGUUCAGCUCAGGGUUCGGGACGAUAGCGGUUAUCUCGCGCAUUUGUACGAUGCUACAGAGGAUCGUCCAGCUCCAGUGCAACCAUCUACAGCUCUAGCAGGAACGCUGGUUUCGUCUCUUCACCGACUGAAGGACGUUGACAAUACCGAUGGUGGCUUCUUCGUCUUCGGUGACUUGUCCAUCAAGGUGGAGGGUGAAUUUCGACUGAAGUUCACCCUCUUCGAGAUGCGAAAGGACAUCGUUGCCAAUCUCAAAUCCGUUAUCUCCCAACGCUUCACGGUGUCGCCUCCAAAGAGCUUUCCUGGAAUGGCGGAAUCAACAUUCUUGUCGAGAUCUUUCGCGGAUCAGGGUGUGAAGUUGAGGAUCCGGAAAGAAGCUCGCACGAUGGUGAAACGGCCUCCAAGGCCUGAGGAAUAUCCCCAGCCUCUGCCUCCCCGAUCUCCUGAUCGUUCGGCAAUGCAGAUGCCAGGCCAAUUUGCUGGUUACCCGGCAGCUGGUCGAGACUAUAGUUCGUACUAUGGUGGGCCUGUCAAGCGCCAAAGGACUUCUAUUGAUCUGGGGAGUAGAGGUAUAUAUGAUAACGAUGGGCGGUUUGCACGGCAGAUGGACGCAUACCCUCAGGCAGCAGGCCUAUACUCGAACCAGCCUGGGACGUAUCAAACCCCGAUGAUGCAGGGCUAUCCUACGGGACAGACUGCAGUACCUGACUAUGCGGUUCGUCAGCCACAGCCUGGAUCCAAUGCAGCGUCAUCUUACGGGUCCCCGGAAGAUCCCAUGCUCGCGAUGAGGUCUCCCGGUGCCGGUUACAUGACGCAGCAGCGUUAUCCUGCUUACACGGGAGCACAGAUUCCCUACGGUCUUCCUUCAUCGGCCCAGGUCCCUCAGCUAGCUGAUGCGGGCUCCCAGGGCCGAUCAAGCCAGCAGGCGAAUAUGCAAUCGCUCAUGGCAGGCCAACCGGUAAAUCAGCCCGCUACCCCUGCAUCCGACGCGACAGGGGCUAUGAUGCAGCAGACGUAUCCACGGUCGCAACUACAGCAAUCCAGCUCCACGAUUUUGCCUCCUCUGCAGAGGAGUCGCGGGUAUUCGCAAACGGCGAACGGUGCAGCUGCUCGAGGCUAUUAUGACCAAUCCUCUCAAGGGGCUACGCCUAUCCUUCCUUCGCAACCUGUUGCUCCGACAGAUAGCGAUCGCUACGGGGCCGGCGGCCAAGCGCCGUUUGAUCACACUGGUUCUUCGAAUGGGACUCCCAGGUAA